GGACUUUUAGAUAAAUAUUUAUUUCAAGAUGUUAGUCUCAUCAGCAGAAAAACACUAUCUGAUAAACAUCUUUUAAAUAUAAAUCUAGGAAUAUAAUAUUUGUUUACAUUAGCAUGAGAUGUGUAAACAUAUUAUAUCUGCCUAUACAUGAUAGAAUAACGAUAAACAGUUGGCCAUCAGGGCACAACUCCAACAGCUAUACCUUGGGGUACUUUUAAACCAUGGGGUCUAGAAAGUGCAUCUCGAAGUACAUGCCCAUCAUGUGCAGAACCUUCCCAACCCGGCGCGGGAACCAUGCCCCUACAAGCUCCGAUGGCGGUGACGUCGUUCCAGACGCCGAUGCCGCAACCAUCACCUUUCCAGCCCCAGCUGGUCAGCACCAUGGCCCCUGUCAACUUGACUGGCGCACUUAACGCUGCAAGGCCGUCGCGUCCCCCGCAAGGUACGAAUCCGCAAGUCACCCCCGAUGGUCAUUGCGUCUCAAUUGAGAGUGAUGACGGCGAGUGGGACAUUCCAAGGGCCCACAAGAAGAAGAAAGGGAAAAACAUCCGGCCAGCGACCUCCCGAAACUCCGCCUUCGAAAGGUUGGGGGAUAGGGAGGAAGGCCAGAGGAAGUCAGCCAAGCAGAGGCUGGGGCAGAGCGUUGCCCAUGUCAACGCGUUCGCCCGGCUAGGCAAGGUGCAGGAGGCCGAGCCUGCCCGCACCCGGCGCUCCCGGUCUAACCGGCAGGAGCCAGCGAGGACGAGGGCCUCUCGUCAGGAAGAGGAAGCAGAGAGCCAGCCCAGGUUACCGGUGGCGAACCAGUUGACCGUCCCAAGUGACCGCGUCCAGCAGAUGGAGGCAAAACUGGAGAGGCUGGAAAAAAAAGGGUCCCCGUUCACCACAAGGGUCCAUCUGACACCUUUCCCACGAAAGGUCAAGAUCGACGCCCCCAGAUUCACCGGGAAGGAAGAUCCGGAAAUCCAUCUGGACUCCUUCAACCAGAGUGCGACCAUGAACGGUUGCACCGAUGAAGAAAAGUGCCUUCUUUUCUUCCAGACCUUGCGGAACCGAGCCACUGAAUGGUUCAAUAAGCUUCGCCCGGGAAGCAUUGAUUCAUUCAGUGAUUUGGCCUCAAAGUUCAAGGCCAAGUUCCAGGAGAAUUGUACUAAGAGGAAGAAAUUCACCUAUCUUAGUACAGCCGGGCAGAGGGAGUCUGAGAACCUUACUCAGUUCCUUACCCGGUGGAAGGAAGAGGUAGACAAGGUGGAAGAGAUGGAUGACAAAACCGUCUUAUCCCUCCUCUUGAAUGGCUUGCGUGCCGGGGAACUAUACAAGGAGUUCUGCCGGAAACCCCCAGCCACGUACCAAGAGGCCUACCGUACUGCAUGGGAGUUUGCUAAGGCUGAAACUCAACUCCGGGCGAAAAAGGAAGCCGAGCAUGGUUACAAGCCCAAACCGGUUCAAGUCAAGAAGGAAGAAGCACCGGGACCUAGCCGGCCGAGGCACCACUAUGACUCGGUCAUCCGAGUGGUCAAUACGGAAAAUGCCAAGAAAUCCGGAAAGCACCGGUCAUUCCUCCAGAAAACCCUACCGGUCAAACAGGGCGGCAAUGGUCGGGCACCUAUUGUUCAUACCACAGGCUUCACGGGAGACACCAUUGAAGCCGAAGGAUCCAUAGUUCUACCGGCCGAACUAGGAUCAGGUGAAAAGACCGUGUGGAAGAAGAUGAGGUUCAUAGUUGUGGACAUCAAAUGCGUCCACAACGCAAUUCUUCGAAGGCCCGGCAUCAAUAGGGUCGGGGCGGUGAUUUCCAUGCCUCAUCUAUGCAUGAAGUUCCACACUCCAGGUGGUGUGGGUGAGGUGAAGGGCGACCAGAGGAACGCCCGGGAGUGCUAUGCCCGGGCAGUCAAGAAGAUGACCAAGGGGGUCAAUGUCAUCUCCCAAGAAAUCACAAAGGGAGAGACCCGGGAGAAAUUGGAGCCCGAGGCCGAGACGGUGGAAAUCGAACUUCACCCGGGUGAUUCUUCGAGGAUGGUCAGAAUUGGAACAAAUCUCCCCGAGGAUCUCAAGGCACAGAUUACACGGGUCCUCCAAGAAUACGCGGGCAUAUUCGCAUGGAGCGUGGCGGAUAUGCCCGGAAUAGAUCGCUCUGUUAUCUGCCACCGGUUGGCCGUGAGGGAAGGAAGUCGACCGGUACGUCAGAAAAAGCGGUACCUGGCCAGUGACUGGCGAGACUUCGUCAAGAAGGAAGUGAAGGACCUCCUCAGUGUUGACCUACCGGUCAACGAGCCCAUUGACCAAUGGUGGGAGAUGGCAGUUGAUGGGGCAUCCGGUCCUAGAGGAUACGGGGGUGGUAUCGUGUUCACCACCCCAGAAGGGUUCAAGAUCUACCAUGCAAUCGUCUUCAACUUCAAGCUGACGAACAAUGAGGCAGAAUAUGAAGCUUUGACUAGAGGGCUCAGACUUGCCCAAGCCCUGAAAAUUAGCCGGGUCAGUAUCAAAUCUGACUCUAGCCUGAUCGUUGCGCAAGUGACCGGUAACAUGGAGGCGAGGGAAGAACGCAUGGCACAAUAUAGGGACCUUGUACUUGCCCUGUUGAAAGGCUUCGAAGAGUUCAAGAUCGCCCAAAUUCCCCGGGCGGAAAACGCGGAUGCAGACCUUCUCUCCAAAUUGACGCAGUAUGCUCCCGAGCAUGUUUCAAAACUUGCCCGGGUAGAGAUCCUUGACCGUGCAAGCAUUGAAAAAUUGGAGGUCGCCGCCAUAACAGCAGCAAGCCAAUUUGACCGGUCAAACCUAGUCCGGGCGGACAACCAUUGGAUGUAUGAUCUGAUGGAAUAUUUGAUGGAUGGGAGCUUGCCAGAACAAGAUGACCGGGCAAGAAAAGGGAAGCUCAGGGCACCCCGAUUCCAGGUUCUUGAUGGAAAACUGUAUAAAAGGGCAUUUGGGCGGCCACUCCUGAGAUGUCUAACCAACCGGGAGGCUGAGCGAGUCAUAGCGGAGGUACACGAAGGCGUAUGCACGGCGCAUCAAAUGUCCCGUACGCUUUCCCAACGCAUCAUCUUGUUGGGGUAUUACUGGCCAACAAUUGUCCAAGAUUGUGAAAGGAGGGCUUCCUGGGUGGAUCGAAUCCACUUGGAUAAGCCAACUGAGACACAGGCCCGGACCUGGCACGCUGGUUACUACACCGGUCUUGCUCAGUAUAAUAGAAAAAAUAUUAAAACCCGGAAGAGGGGCCCGGAAGAGGGUAUGCCUGCAAGAGGGCUGGACCUGGAAGAGGGUUCGAACCGUACUUACACGGGCCCAUGAAGUUUGACUGGUGUCGGGGAAUCAGCCGGCGCUGUCAAAUUGAUUGGGGACUAAAAGAUGCCCAUUAAAAGAAAUAGAAGGGGAUCGUCCACCGUGGCGCAUCCUGUUUCCCCCUUCUCAGGGAAGACUUGAACGGGGGGGUGAGCUAAGGCCUUCCUGGGAUGGUAGAAAUCAAAGGGCCAUUAAAAGACUUAAUCACCC